GUUUUGCUUUGUGGUCGCGAUGCAUUGCAGCAGACUUGGGCUGGCCGUGCUCGUGCUGAUCGCCGCCGCGUCUGGCGUGGCUGUGGGCAGUGAGAUUGAGCUCAUCAUGGACAGCCAGGAACAGACCAGCAUGAGUCGCUUUCUGACCUGGAUGCGCGGAAAUGGCGCCGAAUUUGGCCACGUCGAUGUCUCGCAGGAUUGGCACCAGGGCCGCCGAUUGAUCGCCGACAAUCCGCUCAAGCCGGACGAUCGCAUUGCCGCGAUCCCAACCUUGCUCACCAUAUCGCUGGAUACAGCGCUGCAAGUUGGAUUGCCGCGUGCGUUUACGACAAUCUGGCACGAAUCUGGCUCGCAAGACGAUCUCUUGGCAUUGUUUCUAUUGCGAGAGAAGGCGCUUGGCGCCAGGUCUGCGUGGGCCCCAUACAUUGAAAUCCUUCCAAAGAAGCUGUCCAACCUCUUGUUCUUUAACGAUGGAGAGCUGGCUCAACUUCAGAAUGAGCAACUUGUCGAACAAGUAUCGCAACAGAAAAGUGAGCUGCAGGGUCGCUUCUUGGCGCUAAGACAGCAUGAGGCCGACAUUUUCGGAGGAAAGGCAGAACUCGUUCUAAGCGACUUUCUCUGGGCCCGCGCAAUCGUGCUCUCGCGUGCAUUUACCAUUCAUGCUCGGCGGUAUCUUAUUCCGUUUGCCGACCUUCUGAAUCACCGCUUCCAUCCUACCCGAGGACUUGACGAGUCGGGCGAGUUCUUUUACCGUCAUCACGACUUUCAGAACGGCAUGUUUCUGCUGACGUGCGACAGGCCUGUGAAUGAAAACGAGGAGGUGGAGGACGAUUAUGGAAAUCUCUCCAACGCCCAGUUCUUGCAGUUGUACGGGUUUGUGCCAGAGUCCAAUCCGCACGAGUGCGUGGAGAUCAAUCUCGCAGACUUGCUGCAUGGCGAACGAGAAGCUCUCUUGCUCAAGAGCGAGUACGCGUUCAAGUUGGGCAUUCCACACAUUGUGUGCAUUGGCGCCACCCGGCCUCCAAGUGUCACUGGUGCGCUGGAGGCUAUUGCAUACAUCAACGAUCUCCAUGCACUCAAGCUCCGCGCGUGCAUUGAUGAAUUUUCGCCGGAUCGAUCACCAGUCGAGUCCUUCAGUAACUGUGUUCAAGGACGCGAGUUAAACAUGGCAGAUACUGUGGAACGCAUUAUCGUCAAGUUGACGAGUAUAGCUGCGUCGUUUGCGACCACUGUUGCCGCCGAUGAGCUCGCCUUGCAACGCACAGAAGACAAGCCGCGCCUUCUGCAUCGUCGCCUCGCAUUGCAGUACCGCAUUCAACGCAAAAGACUGGUUGCGGAGCUGAUUUCCACUUUUGCAAAUUCCUUCGAGCCAACUGCUCCUGCUCCGUCCCCAGCAUCGGAAACGGUGUCGUCCUCGGUAGCAUCAUCAUCAUCAACCUCACUGCCAUCAUCAACCCCUGCGCCUGCGCCUUCGCCGCCAUCAUCGUCACCAUCAAUCCCAUCGGUGCCAUUGCCGUCGUCGUCCCCAGCGGCUGCUGCUGCAACCACACCCGCUCCCGCAAGACUCGAAACGUCACAGCCAACGGCGCCGGUCUCCAGCUCCAAACUCCAGUUAUUUCAGGCUUGGUUGCAUGAGCACAAGUGCAGGAGCAAGAAAAUCCAACUUGUCGACCGCUCCGACGAGGAAGACGGUCAAUUCCCGCUCGCUGUCAUCGCUCGCUCGCCACUCGCCGAGUUUGAGACGAUUGCUCGCAUUCCUCUCGGGAUUCUCAUCAAUGACGAGACAGCCAAAGCAUCGUUGGAUGUUGGAGAGCUGUUGACGGCGCUUGACGCCACAUCCCAACAGGAUCUGCAGGCUGGGAAGACCGCCGACUGGGAUGGCAGCGAGACCAAUCGUCUCUCGCUUGUGCUGAUGCACGAGUACUUUGUCAAGAGGCAAGAAUCGGACUAUUGGCCCUUUCUCAGCACUCUGCCAGCGCUUUCUGAGCUGAACACCUUGCUCUCCAUCACGCGGGAAGAGCUGGGGCUCUUCCGCCAAACCCCCAUUUUUGCAGACAUGGUGCAGCUGAUUUCCAAUAUUGAUCGGAGGUUUGUCGACCUCUCGUCUCUUCUUGGGCGCGUCGAGAAGAAAUCGCUGUUCGCGCUGAACAACACAGAUGGAACCACGUCAUCGGCGUGGACGCGCAACAACUUUAUGUGGGCCAACAUUAUGAUUACAACGCGAGCCGUGUGGUGGAAUGGCCGGCUGCACCUGAUGCCGCUCGUCGAUCUGAUGCAACGGUACGAGAACGUCGACGGACGCGUUGGGCACUUUGGUCUCGAACUGUCCGACGAUGGCGGCGCUGUUGAGGUGACCAGCACUGAGGCCAUCGAGGGCAACGGACGUGCGAUUACGGCCUCUCCCAGUCUUGCCAAUCACCAGUACCUGUACUACCACGGCUGGACGCGGGAGCCCAGCCCCAACGAUUGCAUCAAACUUCUCCUGGAUGUUUCAGUCGACCCGACCUCUCCGAGAGGCGGUUCUUCCCUCUCAAGCGCCGACAAGAAGGCCAAAAUCGAUCAGUUGAUUCGCUUUGGCGUGCCAAACGGCAUCAAGGUGUUUUGCUUGGGUUUGGCGCCCGCGAUUCAUGUUCCUGCCAGUGCUACCAGCCUGAAAUCUCUCUCGACGCCCACCAUCGAUGCGUUGGAAGGGUACAUUUCCACUCUCGAGCCAGCACUGCAUUUCGUCCGCAUUCAGUACAGCCUCGGAUCUCACCCGCGCAGCGUGGCGGUCCUUUCCAAAUUCCGGGAUGUCGUUGAAGCGCAGCUCCAGAUCUACAGGCAGAUGGAUUUGUAA